CCUGUCCGACGUAUGUCGCCAUCUGACAUGGAGGAACUUGAGAAGCAAGUCAAGGAAGGUCUCCGCCAGGGUAUUCUACAACCGUCCAAUUCUCCUUAUGCAAGUCCAAUCCUCUUUGUCAAAAAGAAGGACGGAUCUCGAAGACUAUGCAUUGAUUAUCGUUUGCUCAAUAAGCAGACAAUAAAGGACAAGUACCCUAUGCCCCUUAUCAAAGACCUUCUUGACCAAGUGAACGGUUCCAAAUACUUCUCUCUACUCGACCUCAAGUCUGGCUACUACCAGGUCGAGAUGGACAAGGAGUCAAUUCCCAAGACUUCAUUCGUUUGCAAGCUCGGCCAGUACUCCUACUCCGUAAUGCCCUUUGGUUUAAGCAAUGCUCCCGCCACGUUUAUGCGUUUGAUGAACAGUAUCUUCCAUGAUAUGCCCUUCGUCUGCGUUUACUUGGACGACAUCUUAAUCCACUCYAAGACUCGAGAUGAACAUGACCGACACGUCAGAUUGGUACUGGAUCGCCUCCGCCAAGAGAAGCUCUAUAUCAACAAGAAGAAGAUCACACUCUUCCAGACGUCUGUUGAGUUCCUCGGCCAUGUCAUCUCAGAAUCGGGAAUUCGCCCUUCCGAUUCUAAACUCAAGUCCAUUGCCGACUGGCCAAUCCCUAAGGACCAUCACRAUGUCAUGUCAUUCCAUGGUCUGGUGAAUUACUAUAGAGAAUUYAUUCCUCACUUCUCUAGAGUAAUGAUCCCAUUGWCCAAUGUAAUGAGCAAGCAAUCAGCAUUUGUAUGGGGCAAGGAGCAGCAAGAGGCCUUUGACCAAAUCAAACAACUGAUGACCAACACAGUGGUAUUGGCACAUCCUGAUAUGUCCCGUCCGUUCAUCGUGGAAACUGAUGCCUCUCAGUAUGCGCUUGGUGCUGUCCUAUCCCAAGUUGAUGACCAAGGUCGUGUCCGUCCUGUUGCAUUUGAGAGCAAGAAGUUGAUGUCCGCUGAACUCAACUACCCAACACGGGAAAAGGAACUUUUCGCUGUGAUCUACGCUCUCAAGAAAUGGAAACACUACCUACUCGGUCCUACCACUUUCAAACUGAUCACCGACCAUGAGAGUCUCCAGUACUUCAAAGAUAUCAAGCAACCAGAUGGCCGACUCGCAAGAUGGUUGGAGAUACUUGAACGAUACCCCUACGAGAUGGACUACAGAGAAGGUAAACAGAAUAUUGUCGCUGACGCCCUGUCUCGGAGAGCCGACUACAAGCUGGUGGAAGUACAUCUCUCUCCAACGGAUCGACAGUCGCUUGCAACGGCCUACGAGAAGGACAAGACUACUUCUGCUGUCCUUGACAAGAUCAAGAAGGGACUCCCCACCCAGCCUUACCUACUGAUUGACGACCUGUUGUACUUCCGUGAUGUGACCAACGACCAAGAUCCUAAUAGUGAUGAGGUCCGACUAGUAGUUCCCUCUUCAUGCACAUCUAUCAAGCAGWAGAUUCUUGAACAAAGUCAUGACUCUCCAAUAUCAGGACACUUUGGCCGUGAUCGCACUUACGAACUCAUUACUCGUAACUUCUACUGGCCCAACAUCUAUGAAGAGGUCGUUCAGUAUUGUGCUUCCUGCGACAAGUGUCAACUUGUCAAACCUAAAGCUCCAGUAUCCAUCCCAAAGUCUCCAAUUCCUCCACCGAUACGCUGCUGGGAAAUGGUUACAGUGGACUUUAUUGGACCAGUUCCCCUGACCUUGUCUGGAUUCGAUGCCAUUAUGACCGUCACAGACAAACUCUCCAAGAUGGCGCACUUCUACCCUUUCAAGACGACUUAUGGUGCURUGGAAGCGGCUGACGUCUACAUCAACAACGUGUUCCGUCACCAUGGUUUGCCACGCAAGAUCAUAUCRGACCGGGACAGUCGUUUCACAGGAGACUUUUGGAGUAUGUUGUUGAAGCGUCUUGGUGUGAAGCUUGCCUACACAACAUCGUAUCAUCCAGAGGCCAAUGGACAGAGUGAACGUGCAAAUCGUACAAUUGAAGUUGCCAUCAGAAUGUACAUCGAUCAAGAGCCUGAAUGGGACCUGACUUUGCCAACUCUAGAGUUUGCCUACAAUAACUCUAAGCACGCAACUACUGGCCUUACACCAUUCAUGAUCAACUAUGGAUUCAACCCAGACACUCCCAACUCGUUGACCAUAUCGAGACCUCUUGCCGCAACCAACAUCACGUCCACCUUCUUCUCAAGAAUGAACACUCUUGCCAAGCGCGCUAGAGAAGCCNCAAUGCAAAGAACCUUGAACAACUUGCCAAAGAGAGUCGAUUCGUUCCUCUCCAGUUUAAGGUUGGUGACCUAG